AUGCUAGAGAAAACAUGCGCGGGUCCUGGAGAGAGGGCGUUACGCCCACUGGGUUCUGACUGCGUUGCUCCUUACCGUCAUGUCGACAGGGUCAGGGGACCCAGCGGGCACGGUCAUUGGGCAGUGGUGUCAGGAACGUGGAGAAGUCCCGCGAGCGCUAUGACGUCAGCCGACCAGGAGUUUCCUGUGGCGUCGAUCUUGUUAGAGACAGAAUUCCCCCGACACUUCGAGAAGAUUGUCCCGUCAUGCACGGAUCUGCUCAUUCCCCACCGGUUGAUCGCUCUGCAGGGCCGUUCGCCGCAAUCUUAUGGUUGCCGACGCCACUGCAGGGUGCAUCAUCCAAAGUGCCUCGAUGGGGCAAUCCGAUCCAGGAGUGGCGACAUGUAA